CAUGCCGCCGGGGUUUACCGGGAAUUAAUCACCUGACGUGCAGCGGACUCUGUCGAUUCAAGCAGAAGGAAUUAUAACACAAAACCAAAAAUAUGCAUCUUUUGGGGAUUUGGAUGCUGAUGGCAGCUCUGCAGCUGGUUGCUCUGGGCGGAGAGGCCGAACGUUUGUCGCCAGGCGAUCAGGGGUCGUUGCCGUGCACAAGGGGCUUCACUCAGGAGGACUACGUCAUCCAAGUGGAUCGGGAGCUGGCAAAGGGACAGGCCGUCUUUAACGUGAGCUUUACGGACUGCGGUCGAAGGAAGGUGUGGUUCCAGGUUAGCGAGUCAUCUGAUUUCGGGGUGAGUGAGCACGGUGCGGUCUACACCCUGCGCCGCCUCAGACCGAUGGGAAGUGGAAAAGCUGUGGAGGUGGUGUACGCCCAAGACCCGCAGUCCAAACAGGUCUGGAAGACCAGGGUGCACCUCCACGUUCGUCCAACCAGCAACAGCGCAGGACCUAAACAGGUGAAGCCCAGUGAUACAACACUGACUCAGCGGGUACCAGAGAUCUUGUUUCCAUGGCGCAGCGUGGUUGUCAGGGGCGAUGGCACUCUGAGGCGGGUGAAGAGGGACUGGGUCAUUCCGCCCAUCAACGUCCCCGAGAACUCACGAGGACAGUUCCCCGAGGACCUCGUCAGAAUCCGCUCUGACCGGGAUAAUAACCGGUUGCUACGGUACAGCGUGACGGGUCCCGGGGCCGACCAGCCCCCGACCAGCAUCUUCAUCAUCAGUCCAAUCUCGGGCCAGCUGUCCGUCACCAAGCCUCUGGACAGAGAGCAUAUUUCCAACUUCCAUCUACGAGCCCACGCGGUGGACCUGAAUGGAAAUCAGGUAGAGAACCCCAUCGACAUCGUGAUUAAUGUCAUCGACCAGAACGACAACAGACCAGAGUUCACGCACACCAUGUUCAAUGGCUCUGUACCCGAGGGAUCCAAGCCCGGAUCCUUUGUGAUGACAGUGACAUCUGUGGAUAAGGAUGAUCCAAAAACUGCCAAUGGGAUGCUGCGAUACAAGAUUCUCUCCCAGAAUCCCCAGAGCCCCUCCUCCAACAUGUUCACCAUUAACAACAAGACGGGUGACAUCAUCACUGUGGCAGCGGGCCUCGAUCGGGAGAAAGUCACCCAGUACUCUCUGAUCGUCCAGGCGACGGACAUGGAGGGGAACCCCACGUACGGCCUGUCCAACACCGCCACCACUGUCAUCAGGAUCACCGACGUCAACGACAACCCGCCGGAGUUCACCACCGACACAUUCUUCGGGGAGGUGCAUGAGAACAGGGUGAACGUCAUCGUGGCGAACCUGACCGUGACGGAUAAAGACCAGCCGCACACUUCAGCCUGGAGCGCCGUGUACCGCAUCAUCGCCGGGGACCCCACCGGCCGCUUCUCCAUCCCCACCGACCACACCACCAACGAAGGCCUGCUCACUGUUGUCAAGCCCAUAGACUUUGAGCUGACCCGCUCCUUCAUGCUGACGGUGGAGGCAGAGAACGAGGUCCCGCUGGCCCGUGGAAUCCACCUGCCGCGGCAGUCCACGGCGACCGUCUCCGUGCGGAUCCUGGACGUCAACGAGAGUCCAGAGUUCAGCCCCAAUCCCAAAUCCAUCAAGCUGGAGGAGGGUCUGCCCGCAGGGUCACUGCUCACCUCCUUCACUGCCCAGGACCCUGACCGCUACUUGAGACAAACUGUCCGGUACUCCAAGAUGUACGACCCCGCUAACUGGCUGGAGAUUGACCCGGUUAACGGUCGCAUUUCCACCAUUGCCAUCCUUGACCGAGAGUCUCCCUACGUCAAGAAUAACCUCUACAACGUCACAUUCAUGGCCUCUGAUAACGGUAUCCCUCCUGCCAGCGGUACAGGCACCCUUCAGAUGUACCUGCUGGAUAUAAAUGACAAUGCACCUCACGUGUUCCCCCCUGAGGUGGAAAUGUGUGAGAAGCCUGAUCCGAACGCCAUCAACAUCACAGCCAGUGACCUCGACCUGACCCCGAACGCGGGACCCUUCGUCUUCGAGCUGGCCAAUCGUCCAUCAGAUGUACGCCGCAACUGGACGCUGAAUCGCAUCAAUGGCGAGUAUACCCAGCUGAGAAUGAGGAUCGGCUCCCUGGCUAGUGGGAUCUACGAGGUUCCCAUCAUGAUCACAGACUCCGGUAACCUGCCCAUGUCCAACACGUCCUACCUGAGAGUCAAGAUCUGCCAGUGUGAUCACCAUGGCGACUGUGUGGACAUGGAGCGAAUCAUCGCCGCUGGACUGGGUACCGGAGCCAUCAUCGCCAUCCUCAUCUGCAUCAUCAUACUAUUACUGCUGGUGCUGCUGUUUGUGAUGUGGAUGAAGAGGAGGGACAAGGAGCGUCAGGCCAAGCAGCUCCUCAUCGACCCAGAGGACGACGUGCGAGACAACAUCCUGAAAUACGACGAGGAGGGGGGAGGAGAGGAGGACCAGGACUACGACCUGAGUCAGCUGCAGCAGCCCGACGCCCUGGAGCCAGAGUGCAUCAAGGUGGGGAUCAGACGUCUGGAUGAGAGGCCUCUCCACCAUGACCACCAGUACCCCAUCCGCUCUGCCGCCCCCCACCCAGGAGACAUUGGAGACUUCAUCCACGAGGCUGCCGACGGGGAACCAUCGCCAGCCAACACGCACAAAAGGUUAUCCGGAAAACGUCAUAAAAGAAAAGGAAGUGGCUGCACGCUUGGAUGUCGAAAGUUGGACAUUUGAACUGGGAAAAUUACCUCCCACUAUCUUCCACUACCUUCCACUAUGAAUAUAUAUAUAUACAUAUAUAUGUGUGUGUGUAGCAUGGGUGUCUAUUUGUAUCAAAGUGACUCCUGACAUAAUGUAUAGAAGUGCAGUAGCAUCAGGAACGUGGUUCAGAGAGUCUUUGAACGCCGCUGAGUUCCUUUAAACCUUCUGCAAAGCGUUCCACUCCGUCAGACGGAUUAACAUGGCGCUCAGCGUUUAUCACACAGACGUCUGAACUCUUCCUCUGACGGGGCUGAUAACCGCCACUGCCGCCUCGAGGCUACCCGCGGCGCGGCGCAGGUUCAUCAUCAUUGCAGACGCACGUCUGACGCUCCCGUAUUGUUUGCGUGCCGCAUCUUUAUUUCUGUCAGGCGGCCAUAAAGACAUCUGCCGAGCAGAGCUCUGAAUAAGGAGCGGGAGCCGUCAGACAUGGCGAGCCGACCUCGGCGGCAUAAUCCGACAGACGUGACAAGCUGAUGCUUCUCCCUCUCGGCGGUAAUUCCCUCUUCCCAUUGAGCUCCAGAGCGACGGGCGUGUCUUCAGUCAGACGACAAGACGUGGCCCACAAAACACUUCCGCUGCGUGUCACAGGGAAGACUUGUCUUGGCUUUACAUCCGGCGACGCAGAGCAAUCUGCUGAAUCUCCUCCUGGGGAUCGAGGCAGCAUCUGUCCAACCUGAAAUAAAUGCUCCUCUCGUCCACAAGCCCCCAUAAUCCCUCCUUGUCCAACUCAACCCCUGAACUCAGAGAAAUAAGCAUCACCUUUCUCCUUAACAAGAGGGAUCUGGCUCACACGCCUUCUGAUCUCUCCAGGGGAUGAAGUGGGGGGAGGGACGUAAAGGUCAGAGAGGCUGUUUGAAAGGUGACGUUGUGAAUCGUUGGGGAGGUGAACUCUGCUUUCAUGUGGUCUGAGGGGGUCAACAAGGGUCGUUGACCAGGGGUUACCAUGGCUCUCGCACUGCUCAACGCAUGAACACAGGUUUCUAUCUUUGCGGAUUUCCAUAAUUCUGCUCUAGAUAUCGUCGUUGCUCUACAGCUCCCAUGAAUCCUGCUCAGCAUCUCAGCCACUUGGGAGUGUUGGUUCUAGCACCGUCAUGUGGGGAAGCGGUGUCUAUUCCAAUGAGCCGGAAGGCCAGCUUCACCUAGACUUCACACAAAGUUUCGGGGUGAUGACGUCGUACUCCGAGGAAUAACGUGUGGUCUGAACGUGCAUGCUCGUUGUUCCCAAUUGAAAAGCAGGCUUUGUGCGUAGGUGUUAUCAGUCUCCUCCUUCCUCAGCCGCCGCUCAUAAGGGCCCCCAGAGGAUCCGUGGGGACCGCGUGGUCACCAACAUUUGACCGAGUGGCUCGACAAUGACGAUUGCCUGCUUUCCCAGAGACACGAAAAUGCCUCAGCGGGCUGGUGAAUCCAGCGCUGGCCCAAAUGGGAACGUGGUAACAUUAAAGAAGUUCUAGCUCCGGAGUGAGACGUCUCUCUUCCCGUCAUGUCUGUUGGGCGGCUGGUAAUGAUGCAAGCAUCCAGUUACCAUAGAAACAGGAAGUUUAGUUGGGAGGUGUGAGAGAACGUGUGAAAAACUAAAUUCUAAGAUUAGACAUGACAAUUAACAUUCAUCUUUUUUUUGUUAUUUGAAUAAAAAAAAUAUCAGUGUGAAGAUUCUCUCUCUGCUCACCACCCCUCUCUCUCUCUCUCUCUGCUCACCUCCCCUCUCUCCCUCUUUCUCUCUGCUCACCACCCCUCUCUCUCUCUCUCUGCUCACCACC